UAUUGAUUGAACUUUAAAUAAUUGAUACUUAAUAUAUAUGGAUAAGACUUAAAUUUUGAACACGAAUUAAAACAUAAUGAAUAAACAUACAUAAGAAUUGGCCUUUAGCCUCAUCACUUGUUCAAAUAUGAAGAAGUUUAAACGUAGACUAGGCUGUACGGUCUAAGGAUCUUUGCCUGUUCCAUCACUGAAAAGGAGAUGGAUGAAUAUGGAAAAAAAAAAUUGUCCGGUCUUCGUAAUUGUUUGUAUAUAUUUUUCAAAUUACGUUCUUACUUUGGCUUAUAGUUCCAAGCUGUUUGGUUAUAUUUGGUUUUCUGGUGAUAUCUAUAUCAUUCUGUUUAUUAACAAGUAUAAAACCAAUAUUAUAGUAAUAUAAAAUGUUUGCUGUAAAAUUUCACAAACCAGUGGUUAUCUUAAAACAUAAACCUCAAAAACAUUUAUUGAGAUUUAUACAUAAAUUAGACAAACAAAACAAGCAAUCUGUGAUAACACCGGCUACCGACGUACUACAUUAUAUAGACAACGUACCUGAAUAUAAAUGCUUAAAAGACCAGUUACCGAAAGGUCUUUUAAAAAAAUAUAAAACGCCAGAAAGCAUGUAUUUAAUAAACAAAAAUACAGCUAAAGUAAUAGCUGAUACACUUAAUAAAUACAUAGAUAAUAAAUCACCAGUGGUGGAAGUGAAUCCUGGAUUAGGAUAUUUAAGUAAAGAAUUACUUGACUCUGAAAUUAAUCAUAUUUAUAUGUUUGAAUCAUUGAAUCACUUUUCAUCUCAUAUACAUCUGUUGCAGACUCAGUACCCUGAUAAAUGUACCUAUAAAAUAGCUGAUUUCUUUGGCAUGUGGAAAUUGGCUUUUAAAGACAAAAUGGAUCAAGGCACUAGAAUUAAAGAUUUAUUAGGUGAUUUAGCUACUGAUAAUAAUGAUAGAGUAGUUAAAAUAGUGGGGUCUAUGCCUGGCUUAUCAUUUAUAAAACAUUUAAUGAACACUAUUAUAUUUCACAAUACAACAAAUCAAUUAGGAAGGCCAGAUCUUUUUAUUACAAUGCCUGGUUAUCAUUAUGAAUUUCUUACAGAUAAUGAAAUACAGUUCACCAAACACAAGUCAACUCCAGCCUUAUUCCAACUUUUGUUUGAUUUCAAAGUAUUAAAUAAUGUUCCCAAAGUUCAUUUUUUGCCAUGGACAUUUCCAGCAACUGGUAAACGGAUGACAGUGAUGAAUAUCAACUGUAUGUACCUAGUUAACAUAACACAAAAGAAGAAAUUACCUUGUCCACCUGAAUAUUUACCAUUGCUUUGGUACUUUUUUAAACCGCAUAUGUUUUCGAAAUCUACAAAAGUGAUACCGUUCUUGGAGCAGUGGAUACCAGGAUGUGGCAUAUGGCUCAUUUCUGGCCAAGAUCCUCCAGACAUUAAUAAAGAAAUAGCACCAGGCAAAGACGAUGCAGAACUUCCACAUAUGACAAUAUUCACAGAAUUUGGGGACCUGACUCUUAACCAGAAGUUAACUGUAUUCAAAAAAUUUGUGUCAUUACCAGAAUUUGAGCAUUGUCAGUUCAGAUUAACUAUGGAAAACAACUUGCCCAAAUUUAUCUUACCUAUUGAAGAUGAAGACAAAGACAGUAUUGGCACACAUAUUGACGAAAUUGAGCACUCAGACUCAGAUAUAGAUACGAUGUGAAAAUAAAAGAUAAUAUUAGAAGGAUAUAAGUGUUUUUCUUCAUAUUUGCAUUAUAUUAAAUAACUCAAAAAAUAUCUAUUAAAUACAAUAAUAAUACAAUUUUUUAGAAUAACAAAAUAAUCAUACUAUAUUUAUAUAGUUAAUUUUAACAAAAAAGUGACGUCUUUU